CGGCACGGGAUCGCUGCCUUUUUGCUGCCUUUCUUGGCUCACGCGUCUCUCAGUUGGCCACGAUGCCCCGGCGCGCGGGACGGCGCGGCGGCCGGCGCGGCAGCGGCUCUCGACCACGGGGCCGGCCGUCGGUGAGCCCCGUGCGCCCCCGGGGGGCCGCGUCGCCACCCGUGAUGCCAAUAGGGAUGUACGGCCAACCCGUCUACUACGCGCCGCCUAUCGCUUACGCGCCGAUGUACGCGGCGUCGGCGCCGCCGGCGCCCGGCGGCGGCAGCCCGCCGACGGGCUACUCGCAACAACCGUACGCGUCGGGCAGCCCGCCGCCAGGCUACUCGCCGCGCUCCGUCGCCGAGUGGCAGCGCUACUACGCGAAGCCCCAGCAGCCGUACCCCUACUACGGCGCCUACGCGUCGCCGCCCUACUCGCAGACGUCGUCGCCGCCGCCCUCGCCGCCGCAGCACGCGCCCUCCUACGCGGCGGUGCCGCCCCUGUCGCCCGAAGAGCCACCGCCGCCGCCGACCAGAAAGCGGAACCGCUAUACGACGACCUAUAAGCAGGGCCAGAGCGCCUUCCGCUUCAAAGGGACGGCUGCAAAUAUCCCUGCGACGCCGGCCGACGACGUCCAGCACUUCCCGGACGCGCGCGGGCGCCCGUCGGAGCGGUCGCCGCCGUCGAAGCGCGACGUGUCGCCCGUCGUCUCGCCGCGCGGGACGACGCGGUUCCGCAUCAAGCCCGGCGCCUACGACAGCCUGUUUCCCUCGUCGCCGGACGCGGCCAACGAUAACGUCUCCGUGGAGAAAAGCGACAAUGCGGUGCCGCCGGCGCUGCUCGAGCGCUUCGAAGCCAUGGACGCGGCCGAGACGCGCAAGCGCGCGGAGUCGGCGGAUGCUCAGUCCGCCGCGUCGAGCCCGCGAACGAUCGCGUCGCCGGGCACGACGCCGCCGGCCUCGCCGCCCUCACAACCGCGGCCCGUCUGGUCCGGCGCGUGCGACGACAACGCUUCGUGGGCGGAGGAGCCGGCGCCGGCAGAGCCCGGAUUAGUGCAUCGCGGGGAGAUAUUUUUUUCGCCAGGCAAGCCUGAAGUGGUUCCGACGCCGCGCGGCAGCCGCGGGUCCAAGUUCGACCUGCCGUCGCCGUCGACGGCGCUCGGGGCGCUCCAGAACGACCUCUUCUAGGUCCUAAUAUACCAUCGUGUUUUCUAGAGGUGUCUUCGUAGGCCGAUCCGUGGUGUUCCUCUCGACCGCGCGACGACCCCGGGCCGGAGCAGUAAGCGUCUCACAGAUGAUGAUAUUUACAA